AUAAUAAUCAUAAGGCAAUUUGAUUUUGUUUCCUCUUCCUUUCUUUUCUUUUCCGUAGAGCCUUGUCAAUUGUUCCUAGUUCACUUAUUGUUUCCAAAAUCAUACCCAUCAUGUUUUCACAUACUGCGAAAUCCUCGAUUAGGAAUUUGAGGAUGUCAUCUCCUUCAUCAAGGUUAGCACAAGUCCAAAGGCAAUUCAGUGCAAGUACCUCGGCGAAAAAAGAGAUUCAAGAUGCAUACAUUUUGAGUGCAUCAAGAACACCAACAGCAAAAGUAAUUCAAUAUAAUCCAAUUUAUUGUUUAAAAUCAAUAGAACUAACUUGAAUGGUAGUUUAACGGAUCUUUUCUUACUGUUAGUGCCCCUCAACUGGGCGCUGUAGCCAUCAAAUCCGCCCUCGAGAAAUCCAAAGUUCCAGUCGAGAAAAUCACAGAUGUAUACAUGGGAAACGUGCUACAGGGUAAUGUGGGACAAGCGCCAGCUCGACAAGCUUCUAUAUUCGCAGGUUUACCUUCGACAGUCGAAGCGGUCACUGUAAAUAAAGUAUGCGCAUCUGGAAUGAAAGCUGUUGUGUUCGCUGCACAAAACAUUCAACUCGGCCUCGCAGAAGCUCAAAUUGCGGGAGGAAUGGAAAAUAUGUCCCGAGUACCAUACUAUUACCCUCGAGCUAGCAGUCUUCCUGCAUUCGGGAAUAUACAAGCUGAAGAUGGACUCAUUAAAGAUGGAUUAUGGGACGUUUACAAUCAAUUUCACAUGGGGGUAUGCGCAGAGACUACAGCAAAGAAAUAUAAUAUUACACGAGAACAGCAAGACGAAUACGCUAUCCAAUCAUACAAACGGGCGCAAGAAGCAUGGAAAACCGGAGCUUUCAAAGAAGAGAUCGCCCCUGUAACAGUGAAAGGUCGCAAGGGCGAAACUAUUAUCGACACGGAUGAAGGUUACCUAGAUGUCAAAUUCGACAAAAUACCUUCAUUAAAACCGGCAUUCGUUAGAGAUGGAACUGGAACAGUUACCGCUGCCAAUGCUUCAACAUUCAAUGAUGGCGCUAGCGCAUUGGUGUUGGGAAACAAAGCCAUUGCACAAGAAUAUGGGUCAGGUUCGAGAGUAUUGGCACGAAUUUGUAGCUAUGCAGAUGCUGCAAUUGAUCCCGUCGAUUUUCCUGUUGCUCCCGCUAAAGCAGUCCCGAUUGCUUUGGAGCGAGCAGGAAUCAAGAAGGAAGACGUAGCAAUUUGGGAGUUUAACGAGGCAUUCGCAGCCGUUAUAAAGGCAAAUGAAAAGGUUCGUCUCACUCAAUCGGAUUUCCGAAGGAAAUACUAAUACAAUCUAGAUCCUCGGACUUGAGAACGCAAAAGUUAAUUUACUUGGUGGAGCUAUCUCACUUGGCCAUGCUCUCGGAAGUUCAGGUUCACGAAUUCUCACAACAUUAUUACAUCAAUUAAAAGUCGGAGAAUAUGGUGUUGCGGCGAUUUGUAACGGUGGAGGUGCUGCGACAGCGAUCGUCGUACAAAGAAUUGAUAGUGUUUAAAUAUGAUUUCAGUAGCAUUUGGACCAGUAAUUGGUGCGGAGUUUAGGUAAAACCCCAAAAAAUUCCAUUGUAUUGGAAUUAUUUCAUAUCUACACUGUUAGUGACCAGAUUGAACGUAAAAAGGCAAUAUCCAAAUUAACAGUCGCUUCUCUUUUCCCUU